ACGGAACACGUGCUCGUGCAACAAUAGCUCUAACCUUUUUCGAAUCAUUGUGAGAUCAGUGGCAUUCGCCAGAUUUUUGUGACGACCCGGUGAAAUUUUUUUAAAUCUCUGUUAAUAAGAAUUUUAGGUCCUAGUGGCCGGCAAAACAUUGCACAAUGUUGCACGACAAUCUUGAAAUCUUUUGCGAUCGAAGUGACAAGUAUAAACAAGAAUUUGCGCGCUAUCUGAAAUCCGAGGAUUUGACUGAAAAUGAACGCAAUACUGUUCUUCAAUCGUUGUGCCGUUUUUUGAUGGAACCUUCCUGCACAAAAGAUGUUGCGGAAUGUUUCCCACAGUAUCUUCUGUUAUUAAUGUCUCGAGUUAUACGAACAAACUUUUCCAAAUCGUACAUCCCCGGUGGAGUGUCUAAGUUGCACAGGCUGAAUUGUGUCGUCAUAGGCUCAUUGGUGCCUAUUAAUCCUGAUGUUCUUGGAUUCUCUCUGCAUUAUUUCGAAUCGAAUCCAGCACCGUUUGCGUCUCUGGUUGAUAAUUUGGCUAUGAUACCGAAAAGAAGGAGGGAAGACGAUUUUCCUUUUGAAGCGAGAGAAGUAUCUACUUUAGAAAUAAUAACAGCAAGUUAUAAUAUUUUGGAAGCUGCCCCUGAACAUUUUACUCAUAAAUGGAAUUGGUCAGAGUUUUAUGACUUUUUGUCCAACGACGACGACAGCGUUAAAUGGAUUGCACUAAAGUGCAUUGGGAUUGUUCUGCAAAUGUCAGAAUCGACUCGACUCUCAUGCGCAAAAUCAUUGUUGAAAGAUCCUGAGCGUUUUCUUCUGGAGCAACGAAACGAAAAUUCACUCGCAGUUUUGACCAGCUCAAAAAAUCAUCUCAUCGAAAUGACAGAGGUGUCGAAGGAUUCUGAUUCCCUCGUAGCGAUCGCAGGUGUGCUUUUACCGGUUUUCAAUUCCAAAGAACGUCCGAAAAAAACGAAUUUGAUUCCGGUACCUUCGACGGAGUCAAAUCUGAGAAGUCUCGCGUUGGCAGUCGCCUCCAGACGCUGCAUUUGUCUUCAAGGCUCUGUCGGAUGUGGCAAAACUGCCCUUGUCGAAUAUUUGGCCGACAUAACCGGGCAUAGGAAUUCGAACUUCGUGAAAGUUCAAUUAGGCGACCAGACGGACUCGAAAAUGUUACUCGGAACUUACAGGUGCACCGAUAUACCCGGUGAAUUCGUUUGGCAACCGGGAGUACUCACGCAAGCCGUCAUUAACGGGAAAUGGCUUUUGCUCGAGGACAUCGACAGUGCUGCUCUCGACGUCGCUAGUUGUCUGAGCAACCUCAUAGAAACCGGGACCCUCUCGGUUCCUGGUUAUCGUGACACGAUUUACCCUAAAAGUGGAUUCCAACUAUUUUUAACCCAAAGACUGAUUCCAACAGCCUCGGGAUUUCAUCGUCAGUCGACCGGGGCUUCGAAUCUUUUGGAAAAACAUUGGUUCUGCGUGCACGUUGAUUCGCUUACGCGCGAAGAACUCGUAAUCGUUGUAAAGAGCCUUUUUCCACCUCUGACAACCAUAGCCACGAGAAUGGUUGACGUUUUUCUGCUCUUUUCUGUAGGGCAUCACGGAAACACGGAGAAUAUCACGAGAACGGGCAGAUUAACGUCGACCAGAGACCUCAUAAAAUGGUGCACUCGUGCGAUAGACAAUUUCGAAGUUUCCUCGCCAGAUUCAGCCUUGAAAAUCUUCCAAGAUGCCAUUGAUAUAUUCUGCUGUUCGGUAAGCGACCGAAAUCUGAGAUUGGAACUCGCAACCGCGAUUGGACACACCCUCGGUAUCGUAAAAACAAAAGCUGAGUAUUUUUGCAACACGCACAAACCGACGAUCAACUUGUUCGGAGAAUUUUUCCAAGCCGGACGAGCAAAAGUUCGGAGAAAAAAAUCGAGUCAUGCUCAGUUGGAACAAACGAGAGUCAAAUUUUCGUUCACGAGACCAUCCGCGACUUUGCUCGAGCGUGUCACCAGUUGCGUCGCUCAAAGGGAACCGGUGCUUUUGGUUGGUGAAACCGGAACCGGAAAAACGAGCUCGAUACAGUAUCUCGCAAAAAGCACAGGCCACAAGCUCGUCGUGAUAAAUAUGAAUCAACAGAGCGAAAGUGCUGAUUUACUCGGUGGUUACAAACCAGUGGAUUUCAAAUAUUUGAUAACGCCAACGAGGGAAGAAUUUGAGAUGCUUUUUCGUUCGUACUUCGCUCUUGAGCCGAACAAAAAGUUUCUCGAGCAUAUUGCGACGUGCUACAAACAGCAAAGGUGGAAAACUCUCGUGGGCCUCAUGUGUCACAGCGCCGGAGCUGCGGUCAAGAGAUUGAGAACGAACGUCGAGGAGGGAACGAAAUUAACGAAAGAAAAUGUUGCCAGACAGAACAAGAGUUUCGAAACGACGGGAAGGAAUGAUCAUCAAAGCAAGAGCGAAUUGCUGAUGAAGUGGCAAAAAUUGCUAGUCAAAUUAGAAAAAUUGAAGAGUCAAGUAAAGACACAUUUUUCUUUGGCUUUCGCGUUUCUUGAGGGAAGCUUAAUAAAAGCGCUUCACGAAGGUCACUGGGUAUUGUUGGACGAGAUAAACCUCGCUUCGUCCGAAACCCUCGAAUGCUUGUCCGGUCUUUUGGAGGGCGCGACCGGUUCGUUGUCGCUGCUCGAGCGCGGCGACAGCGAAACGAUUGAGAGACAUCCCGAUUUCACGAUUUUCGCUUGUAUGAAUCCUGCGACGGAUGUUGGUAAAAAAGAACUACCGAUCGGCUUGAGAAAUCGAUUCACCGAGUUUUACGUCGAUGAACUCACCGAGAGAAACGAUCUCGAGCUGCUCGUUAACUCGUAUCUCAGCGACGCCGAUUUGACGACGGAGAAGCAAGAAUCUAUCGUUAAAUUUUAUCUCAACGUACGUAAAGAAGCUUUGCUCUCAUUGAACGAUGGAACUGGACACAGGCCGCAUUACAGUUUGAGAACGCUUUGCCGAGCCUUGAGCGUCGCGUCCGCCAACCCGUGCGCAAACAUUCAACGCUCCCUCUACGAAGCCUUUUGUCUCAGUUUCCUCACCCAAUUGGAUUACAACUCUUAUCCGAUUGUGGAAAAGCUCAUAGGACGAGCGAUCCUUGAGGUCAAAAUGGCUAAAGCAAUUCUUAGCACACCGAUACCGAAACCAGGCUGCGGCGAGAACGAGGAUUUCAUCAAUUUUGAGGGCUACUGGAUCGUCAAGGGUAACCUCGAGACUGAAGUACCGAAAAAUUACAUUCUUACGAAUUCCGUUAGAAGGAACUUACGGGAUCUCGUUCGAGUUGUUUCGAUUGGCAAAAUUCCUGUGCUUCUGCAAGGUGACACUUCCGUAGGAAAAACGAGUUUGAUUACUUAUCUCGCUAAAUCAUCGGGUCACACUUGCUUACGAAUAAACAAUCACGAGCACACGGACCUUCAGGAAUACGUUGGAAGUUACGUGGCCGACGGGGCUGGCCGAUUGGUUUUUAAGGAGGGAAUAUUGGUCGAGGCAAUGAGGAAAGGCCAUUGGAUUAUUUUGGACGAAUUGAAUUUGGCGCCGAGCGACGUUUUGGAAGCUCUCAAUCGUGUUCUCGACGACAAUCGGGAAUUGUUCAUUCCCGAGACCCAACAGACCGUCAAAGCCCAUCCGAAUUUCAUGCUUUUCGCUACACAAAAUCCACCCGGUCUCUACGGUGGACGGAAAGUUCUCUCACGAGCAUUUAGAAAUCGUUUCGUCGAGCUCCACUUCGACGAAAUACCCGCCGAUGAGUUGCAAAUCAUUUUACACGAAAGAUGUCACAUGCCCGUUUCCUAUUGCAAGCAGAUAAUAAAUGUGAUGAUCGAGCUACAAACUCGACGAAAAAGCACCGCAGCUUUUCAGGGCAAACACGGAUUCAUAACGCUUCGCGACCUCUUUCGAUGGGGGGAACGAUAUCGUUUGGCCGGAGAUGUCGGUGAAGGAUUAUACGAUUGGAGCCAACACUUGGCAGACGAGGGAUAUCUCGUGCUUGCUGCUAAAGUCCGCAAGCCCGAGGAAGCACUGGAAAUAAGAGAAGUCAUUAAAAAGCAUCUCAAGAAGGACGUCGAUCCCUCCAGUUUGUUUAGUCUUCACGAGAAAACUUCUAGCGUGACGAAAUACAUUCUCGAGGAAAUUUUGCGAGGCCAGAAUAAUUCGACCUUCGGACACGUCGUUUGGACCUAUCACAUGAGACGAAUGGCUGUCCUCGUCAGAAAAUCUUGUCAAUUCAAAGAACCCGUUCUCCUGGUUGGUGAAACUGGAGGUGGAAAAACCACCAUUUGCCAAUUGAUCGCCUUCAUGAGCAAUCAAAGUCUUUAUUCUGUCAAUUGCCACAUGCACACUGAAUCCUCAGAUUUUCUCGGCAAUCUCAGACCCGUCAGAGAUCACUCCGAUUCCGAGAGCCAUAAACUGUUUGAGUGGGUCGACGGUCCCCUUAUCCAAGCCAUGCGCAAGGGAGAUUUAUUCCUCGCUGAUGAAAUUUCACUCGCUGACGACAGCGUUUUGGAAAGACUUAAUUCUCUUCUCGAACCCGAACGAAGUCUUCUUCUGGCUGAGAAAAGUUCCGAUUCCACGGAUUCUGGAGAGUCUGAUUGCAUUAUAACAGCGAAUGAAAAAUUCCAAUUUAUCGGAACUAUGAAUCCCGGCGGUGAUUACGGCAAGAAAGAAUUGUCACCGGCGCUGAGGAAUCGUUUCACGGAAAUUUGGUGCGAAGGUUGUGCCGAGAGAUCCGAUUUGCAGGCGAUUGUUGAGCACAACUUGAACGCAAACGUACGAGAAAAACGUGAAAUAAUUUCGACUUCGAUGCUGACCUUUGUCGAUUGGUUGAAAAAUUCCGAAGUUGGCAAACGCUUUACAGUCAGCAUUCGUGAUAUUUUGACUUGGGUUAAUUUCAUGAAUUCUUGUACCGGAGAAAAUCAAGUUUCCAAAUUAAGUUUGGCUGAUGCCUACUUACAUGGCGCUUGUCUCACUUAUAUCGACAGUCUUGGAUCUGGACUCACAGGCAUGGAAAGCGUUGAAAAGUUGGAGACAUUCCGUAACAGCGCCGUAGGAAUUCUGAAGAAUCAAGUGGUCGAUGCAAUGUCAGAGCCAAGCGGUGUCGAAACUGCGCUCGAAGUUGACGAGACAGUGGACGAAAGUUCACGAAACGUGUUCGGAAUAGCGCCAUUCUUUAUUCGGAAAAAAGUCGAUAGCGGAAACGACGAGCAACGUUUCACGUUCGCAGCCCCUACAACUAGAUCCAACACGUUGAAGUUGUUGAGAGCUCUCCAGUUGAAAAAACCUUUGUUACUGGAGGGCAGUCCGGGAGUUGGAAAAACCAGUUUGGUCGCAGCUUUGGCAAAAUCAUCCGGCCACCGUUUGCUUCGAAUCAAUUUGAGUGAUCAAACGGACGUUUCGGAUCUAUUUGGAGCGGACCUUCCUGUCGAAGGUGGAAAAGGUGGCGAAUUUGCGUGGAAAGACGGGCCAUUUUUGCGUGCUUUACGAGCGGGUGAUUGGAUUUUAUUGGACGAGCUGAAUCUCGCUUCGCAAUCGGUUCUCGAGGGAUUAAACGCUUGUUUGGAUCAUCGAGGUGAAAUAUACGUCCCCGAGCUCGGUCGUACAUUCACGGUAAAGCCAGCGACAAAGCUGUUCGGCUGCCAAAACCCUCUGAGACAGGGUGGGGCCAGAAGGGGUCUGCCAAAGUCGUUUUUGAAUCGAUUCACUCAAGUGUACAUCGAUGCCCUGACUGACGACGAUUUGAAGCUCAUAUCGAGCAAUCAGUUUCCCCAAAUUCCAUCGAGGACGCUUGAAAAAAUGGUCGAUUUUAACUCGAGGCUAUCCAAAGAAGCUGGCACUUGUUGGGCUCACAUUGGAUCACCCUGGGAAAUGAAUCUCCGGGACAUAACUCGAUGGUGCGAAGUCGUCGUUGCAGCGGCUCGCAGCGAUUCUACGGAUAACGAAGUUUCUUUCAAUCCCGGGAAUGGCGUUGAAUUAAUAUACGUCGACAGAAUGAGGACUGAGGAAGAUCGGGAGAAAGUACGACAAGUUUACCGAGAAAUUUUCUCCAUUGAGGAAUUCCCUGUGAGCCCAGCACAACCGAUCGCUCAUGUCACAGAGAAAAAAGUUUAUUUCGGUGACGUCAGCUUAACUCGAGAGGAAUAUUUCAACGGCUACGAUCACAAUCUGUUGUUGCUUCGCGAUCAAAUUCCUGCUUUAAAGAGUCUCGCUCGAUGCGUACAGAUGAACUGGAUGCCUAUUCUGGUCGGUGCUCCGGGAUGUGGCAAGAGCAGUGUCGUCCGUGUUCUGGCUCAGUUAACAGGACAACGUUUGAGAUCGAUCGUAGUCAAUUCGGCGAUGGAUACAACGGAGAUUCUCGGCGGCUUCGAACAGACGGACUAUAAUCGACACUUGGAAAAUCUUCUAGACCAGGUCGAGAGUCUCCUCGUCGAAUAUCUUAAACGGAGAUUGAACGACAAUGGCCUCAAACAAAUGGUCGAGUAUCACAGCUGGCUGGAAAGAGUCCAGAAUCUUUCGCAUGACGAAAAUCACAAAGUUACAAUGGCUGCCGAAACGGAACUUUUUCUUCGUCGUACAAAAGAAUUGUGGAAGCUCGUUACAGCGAUGAAGAGCUUGGUCGAUAUUCCGACUUCAGAACUGCAAGUGAUUGACGAACAAUUGAAAAAAUUGGCGCACAACGUCAAAGAAGAUAAGUGCUUGAAUGCAGGUGGAAAAUUCGAGUGGGUUGACAGCAUUCUCGUAAAGUGUCUUCAGGAAGGCUCUUGGCUUCUGUUGGACCAAGUUAAUUUAUGCAGUCCCGCAGUAUUGGACAGACUGAACGGGCUUUUAGAGCCUGGCGGUGUUCUCACUAUCGGAGAACGUGGAGUUGCCAACGACGGUGAUAUCUUAACUAUUAAGCCACACAAAAACUUUAGGCUUUUCUUAACGAUGGAUCCACGCUAUGGAGAGAUUUCGAGAGCAAUGCGGAACAGAGGAGUAGAAAUUUUCAUGCUCGGUCACAGGGAGAGAUGCGAGAAUGACGUUCUAGAUCUGAAGUCUCUUCUUCACAGUCUUGGCCUCGAGAGAUCGAAUCAUCAAGAAGCUUUGUUGGAAAUACACGAAAAAAUAUCUUCUGAGGAUGUGACAUCGGAUAAGUUGAGUGUCGUGCACCUUUUGCAUUCGGCAUUUUUAAUAAAUCAACAAAUAUCGCGAGGUUUUCCAGCUUUCGAGGCAUUCAGGAUCUCUUGUAUCGACGUUUACGUAAAAUCGCGCUGCAUUCAAGGAACUCUUGCCAAGGAACGUCUGAAAUCACUGAUCGAAGAGGCCAUCAAUCGUCACGACGUUUCUACCUGCACGACCAAUUUCUUCGAUCUCGCUGCUGUUACUCCGAAGAUACGCGAUUUCCAGGAUAAUUCAAGACUCACGAUCGUCAGGCAACAAGGAUUCCUCCUGGAUGCAGCAUUGCGUAUCCACGAGUCUGCAGUCGAGAAAUAUGGGACGAAUCUGAAUUUGUAUCCAACUACCUCGCUGCUGAAUGAAUAUUUGAAAAUAUCGAAAAUUCGGGGGCCUGAGAACGAUUUCCAUAUCGUUAAAAUAUUGCCCUAUUUGUUAUUGAAUUUCUACGAGAAUUCGUCCUUGAACGAUGUCCAGUUAAGAGAGCGUUGGGUUGGGCAAAUAACGUCGGAAACGAGAGACCAAUUAUCGAAGACGGUAAAAGAACGGAGUGAAUUGUUAGCUCGAGAAAUAGCUGGAUCAAAACACGAAUUCGGGCUCGAUAUAUUACCCUGGGAUCCUACAAACUUGCCAAAUGUCAUGGAUAACGUCGCCAACCUUGACAAAGCAAAUCGUUUGGCUCUAAUUUUGUACUUGAUCGCUAUGAAUAUGCAGUACGAAACGAUACUCGACGAUACGUGUUUGGACAAGGAUGAGAAAAUCAUUACCGUUUUCCAGUACUCAAACUCCGUCUAUCAUGGGAAACUAACGUCACACUUGAAAAAUCAGCCGCUGAUAACGAAUUUCGUGAUGUUUAUCGCUCAAUUAAAUUCUUGCGUGAAUUCAAUAUUCCGGGAUGAUUCGACUGUGGUAACGAGCGAGGAAUACGUAGAGCUCCGAAGAAACCUUGCUUGGCUGGAAAGAUUCUACACAUUGGGAAAAUUGCCGCUUGUCGAUAGAACGGAAAAGACGUCAAACAUUUAUGGCAGUCUCGACGAGACGAUCCUCAUGCUCAGAGUUCACUACAAGUGGCUCGUUAAAUUCGUCAAAAGCUUAUUCGCGCUGAGUGGAAAAUUCAACUUGAGCAAUGAAUCUAAAGGGGAGAUUGAAAGAUUGACUGUGAUGAUUGAAAGCAUUAACGAGAGCGUCAAAUCUGUUGAUGACCCUUUCAGAAAAAUAGCUAAGCGUUUGAAAAAAUACCUCGUUAUGCCACUUCCUUUUUCAUCGGAAACCGGAGCGUUGGUUUAUUCACACGUGAAAAAAUUGUCCAACGAAUUAGGACUCUGCGCGACGGAUCGUGGUGACAGUACUUUGAAGGCCGAAUUGAAAAUAAUUCUUUUGCAAAACGACGAAACGGUCAAAAUUCGAACAGGACUAAUGAACGUUUGGAAAAGUUUCUACGACGAUCGUGAUUCCGACGAGUCGGUCCUACAAAUCUUACACGAUACCGAAGAGUUUUGCAAUCGUUUGAAUUUAGGACUACGAACGCCAGUCGAGAUGUCUCAAGCUCUCGCACACAUUCAAACAUAUCGCGAUCGUGAUCUCAUCGAUUUAUCGAUUAAGGUUCAGCUCUGGCCGAUCUACGAGUACAUAUUUUUCGUGCUGGCUAACAAUUUUCACAGAAAAAUAUCCGAAGAUCGAGAGAUCGAAACGAAUAGUCGGGUUUUAGAACAACUGUCGAAAAUUCCAAGUUUACCGAUCAAUUUCGUCGCGCUAUUGAAAGCAAUUGUUCUCCAAGAAAAUGGCUCGAAAGAACGGGAUCGUAUGAAACACGAAAUAUUCCCCCAACUCGAUCGUUUUAUCGGAAGGUCCUGUGCUUUUUACGAUUCGAAGAAUUUCCUCCGUUGGCAAGGAAUCAGCGAGAUGGACAUGGAAAAAUCGAUAACGGGCUUUGAGACUUGCAAGGUUAUCAAUCCUAUCGAUUCUCCGAUUCUUGCGAACUUGGUAUCGGAAUUGAUAAUCAACAAGUGCAAAACGGUUCAUGAAAAGUCGAUUCUCGCGACAGCUCGUCUAGGUACAUAUAAAUCGAGAAUGAGCCAAUUAAAAACACUGAACGAGGUGUUAUGGCGUAACAGCGUAGCUCUCAACUCACCGGAUUACGACAGAUCUCGAAACGAUCGUUUGACACUGCUCUCUUAUCUCAAAGUUUUCUUGAACGCCGAAGAAAAAAUGGCGAAUGAACGAGAUGUCGGUCUCGUUUUAGAAACAGAAAUGGCGAAGCAGAAGGAUAACGUUCGAAUGGAGCUGGAGGAAAAGUUCAAGAGAGAUUACGUCGAGCCACUGAACGAGUUGAAGAGAAAAACUAGAGAGAUUUCGGAAUCGUCAGAACCGCGAGAUAACGAGCACCUCGAAAGAGCCAAAGCGUGGAUCAUUCUUGGAUAUCUUCAAGUAUUUUUAUUCGGAAAUCUUGGCCACAUUGAUCCGAUUCAUAAAAUAAGUCUGAAACUUCGUUACGUUGAGGAAGAUAUCGAGGAUUGUAGAAAGACGAUUUACGUGGCGAGCCUCCAUUCACGAAUUCGUGGUGACUUCUUCCCCAGUACGAAUACAUCAUCCCGUACGCUUGAGACAAGAGAUCGUCUCGUGUCACUGGAGAGUGAGAGGAACGAGCUCAAAACUUGCAAAGCUGUACGCCCAUUGAGCACGGAAUUCGUAGGAUUGGCUAAGGAAACUCACAACUUUCGGAACAGCCUAAUGUCCUGGCAAGCGAUCACAAAAAUAAUGAGCAAAUUAUUGCAUGCCAGUGAACAAUUGAAUACUCGAGGGACCCUCAACUCCGGUGUUAUCUCACCAGCCAACGACGGAAUUCAAGAGGCUGAAAUAUGGCAAGAAUCCUUGCAAAGAUUUGCCGAACAAUUGGACAAUAAAUAUUCCUCGGGUUAUCCCGAUAUCGUAAUUCCUUUCUUAACAGCAAUCGCCCAACUCAGACACGGCGUUCGAAUUCUCAGCGACGAAGUUAAAAGAUUGAUUAAUCUUAGAACAUGCAACGAGAAUGGCGAAGCCGUAGAAAAUCUGCUGCACAAUCUCGUACGUUUUCCAACCAUCGGUAACGGGCAAAGUGAUCUUCUGAGCCUCGUAGAGGUUUGUACAUCCCCCGAAACUCGUGAGAUAAUAAACAAAAGUAUGAACAACGAGAGCAACGGUUCCUUCGUUUCACUGUGUGAGCAGUUCCGCAUGGUGAAAGUAGGACUCUUCGAGCUCUACAAUCGCAUCAGUCUCGAGGGUCAACUGGACGUUACCUCGUGGCACAAGCUCAAUGUUCUCCUCCAACAGAUCGUCUUGAUCUGGCAGAGCCAGCGGGAUGAAAGUAAAAAGCGUGCUGCUGCAGAGGACAGUCUCUACGUGAACAAAGCAAAGAUUCAAGGCAGUUGUCCCACCGAAGAGGAAGAAAUAACUCGGGAACUUCGUACUUUGUUCCCGACAUCGAGGGACGAGGAUUUCAUGGAUAUCGAAGAAUCGAACUUACCGACGUUGGAACGCGUAGAAACUAAUCGAAACGACGAAGAGAACAAGGAUGCAACCAGUUCACGUUACGCUGGCCUCGUUACCGACACUGAUGUUAACGAAGUUCGCGUCAUACAUUCCCAAAUUGUAAAUCACUUCGUCAGAGCCGCUUGGUUGAGGAAAAGAGUGGAUAACAUCGAGAGAAAUUAUGUUGAGCCAUUGAUACAGCGGUACAACACGUUUUCUCUCAUGCUCGAGAACCUCUUACCGGCUAUGGAUUGUCGCUUGAACACCAAGCUCUACACAAGCUUGAACUUUUUGACAGCCGUCACUGUACGCACGAGCGAAGGCCAUGCCGACAAUCUUCGAGACGCUAUGACGGAGAAUGGAUCAAUCAUUAAGGGUAGAACGUACGAUUAUUACAAAAGCAGCAACGUUGAAGAGGCCAGACAAUGUUUGCCAAUUUUGGAAGCGAUCGUUGACAGAGUUGAAGGUUUCCUCAAAGAAUGGCCAGAGCACCCGACCCUCGGAUCCAUCAAAUCGAUCAUUCAGAGGAUCCACGGGUUCUCGAUAACUUCACCUAUCUCGAGAUUCCUAACAGGCCUCGAAUUAUUGCUCGUGAAAAUGAAAGAAUGGGAGGAGAAUGCCCACAGCGGAGUCAGCUUAUCCGAGCUGUCGCUAUCCCUGACUCAACAAAUAAUAUCUUGGCGCAGACUCGAGCUAGCCUGCUGGAAAGAUUGCUUGAAUUCUGCUCACGAAAGACUCGCCUCGAAAGCUUCCAAAUGGUGGUUUUUCCUUUACGCCCUCGUUGAAUCUUACGCAACAAAUUCUUCCUUAGAAGUCGACGUCCCAGCAGCUGACGAGACUGUGGAAGUGCCUAAAUCAGACGAACCCGUGACAUCGAAGAAACUGAUCGAAUUGCUCGAAGCUUUCAUCAGCGGUUCGUCACUCGUUGAGUUCCAGCCAAGACUGGAUCUUCUUCACACUUUCCACUGCCACGUUUACCACAUGCAACGAUCUACCGAACGCGAUCAACUGCUCGCCAUAUUCUGGAACGUUUACAAUUAUUACAAGCAGUUCAGUUCCGAUGUAGACCGGAAAAUGAAAUCUAUCAAAGCCCCGAUCGAGAAGAAACUUCGCGAUUUCGUGAAAAUAGCUCGCUGGAAUGACAUCAACUACUGGUCGGUAAAAGAGACCGUUGAAAAGACCCACAGAACAUUGCACAAAUUCAUCCGCGAAUACGAGACCGGUCUCGGAAUCAGCGUAGCCACUUGUCUGCUGAUCAAAUCGUCGAAUUAUAGUUCUGAGGGCGACAAGGGUGAAUGGGACAGAUCGAAAAUCCGUGAUUACUCCAUAGACCCACAAGACUUUGCUUAUCCCGGCAAGAAAGUGUUUGCUCAGUUUUCUAACGAAGAAAUGAAAAGUCUUUACGAAGCUAACAAUCUCAUUGCACGAAUGGAAAACUUGUUCGUCAAAGCGAAAAGUCUGAGCAAAGAGACCAUCUUGAUGUCUUCCUACCCAAGCUUGCGAUCCGGUCUCGAAGAAUUCAUGGAAAACGUGAUUUCUCAUGCAGUUCAUUUGAAAAACAUGGAUAUCGAUCGGACUCUACCAAAACCGAAGCAAAAAGCACACGCUAAGAGUAUUCUUCAACAGAAAAAAAUGGCGCUUGCUGAUUACUUCAAAACGAUGUCACACAUCGGCGUUUCCUACAGGACUGGAACGCUCGCGUGGAAAAAUCGACAAAAUGACGUUAUCGAUCUUACAGUACCACCGGUCGAUUUGUCCGCGCCCCUCCAACGUUUGGACCAUGGCAAGGUCGACAAACAACUUUUGGCUCAGUGGGAAGGCUGCGAAAAUUAUUAUUACAAAUCUUUGGCACGAUUGAACGCACUGAACCUUGCAUUUACUAAGAUGCAAUCUGAUCUUGGUAUGCCGAACAUGGAAAGAUGCUCAGGUUACUCCAAUCACAUUAUGCUCAUGGCGCAUCAACAGAAGAGAUUGAUCGCCGACUCUUUCGACUCGUACUUUUCGCUCAGGAGCCACGUUGCCAAUUUGACGAAUAUUCUCGAUUCUCCUACGAAUGGUUCGGGCGAUCGUGAAUGCUACGAUUGUGCCAAAAAUCUUAAAAAACUCCUCACCACUGUUGGAAGCGGCUUGGAACAGUUGAUGCUUUAUCUGCAAGCUUGCCCUGCUGAUCCAGGCCUGGAUUCAAGCACGGAAGCUUUGACCCUUGAAACGAGCAAUUUGGCAAUUAUUAAUGCAACGAGAAACGAUCCCGUCUGGGAAGCAGCUAAUUCCCUUUUGCAACGUUCUCUCGUCUCAUUGAAUCCGAUCACCGAGUCUUACGAGAAAUUGUUUCACGUUGAAGUCACGAUUCUCACUCCGGUUCAUUAUAAAUUUUUGAACGAAAGCAACAAAACUUUGUUAAACGUGAAAAAUUGUGUUCGGGAUUUCGCCAAUGUUUUCUCCAACGAGGUUGAGAAAUCUCAUCCAAUUGUCCAGAGCGUCGAAUUUUUGCAGUCGAUUAUAGACGAAUGGAUGGAAAAAUUCCUGCUGUUGGAAGUAUCUGACAAUGUGUCUGAAGACGUUGGCACCAGUAACGAAGACAAAAGUGGCGAAUGUGUUUCGGACAUUGAAGUAUUGAUCACUACAAUGUUACUUGCCAUUCAGCAAAAAUAUAAGGAAGCAUCGGUCGAUAGCGAAGUAGCAGUUCCAGGGGCCGAAGAAAACACCACCGUAAACGUCGACGAUGAAAAUAUAAACGCGAAAGAGCAAGGCGAAGAUGCAGUCGAAGAAGAAAACGACAUGGAGGAAAACAGUUUUCGUGAAAAAUUGAUAGAAUCUUUGGCAAAGGAUAUCACGAGCCUGCGAUUGCGAGAAGUGCAUCAGUGCCUCUUGAACUCCUUAACAAUAACAGCCAACGUGGAUUCCUCGUCAUCCUUCAAACGAAAAACUUUGCUAGCUCGAUGUCUACCUCUUCUCAAACAGUAUCUUCUCUUUUCGCAGUUUUAUUUGAACGAGCAAGUCGGAACUUAUCGUACAACCUGCAAACUGUUGAAUCUGCAGCUAAGCGUUUUUCUCGAUUUAGCCACGAAUGGUUUCUGCAUACCGAAAGAUUUGGAUCUCGAGGAAGGUGACGGGGAGGAGACUAAGGAGGGAAAAACGCAAAAUGGUAUGGGCCUGGGCGACGGGGAGGGUGAAAAAGACGUUUCCGACAGGAUCGAGACGGAAGAUCAAUUGGAUGAGGCAAGACCAGCCGAUCAGGAGAAAGACAAGCAGGAGGACAAGGAUUGCAAGGAAGAAGAAAAUGGUAUCGACAUGUCCGAGGAUUUCGAAGGUAAAAUGCAGGAUAUUGAGAAAGACGAGAACGACGAGAACGAGGGUAAGAGUGAAGAUGAGAACGAAGAAGAUUUGGACAAAGAAAUGGGCGAGACGGAGCAAGGAGCUGAUGCGCUUGACGAAGAAAUUUGGGGCGACGACAAGGAUGAAUCCUCGAAUGAGAAUGAGAACGACAAGGAAGAAGACGAUUUGGGCAGAGGCGAGGAAAUCGGUGAGAAAGAAAUGACCGCUAAGGACGACAAUAAAAAGAAGAACGAGGAUAACGAGCGGCAGGAAGAUGGGGAUAGGCGCGAGGAGGAGAAGCAAGAAAUCAAUGAGAUGAACGAGCCUGAAGUGAACGACGAUCAGAUCGAUCCUUAUCACGGAAAUCAACAACCACCUCCCGAACCUGAGCCCAUGGAUCUUCCGGAUGACAUUAAUUUGGAUGGAGAAGAGGCCGACGAUAAGCAGCAAGGUGACGAAGAAAAUCCCUUCGAUAUCGACGAGAUGAAAGAUUGUAUGCCACCACCGGAAAAGGAGGAAACGGCGGAGGGUGAAGACGAGCAAGACCAAAAAGAAGAAAACAACGAACCGGAGGAUUCGAGCGACGAAGAAGACAACGCUGUGGAAGGCGGCGAUGCGAAAGCGACGAAUGAGGACGCAGCGGAGGACGAACCGUCGGAAACCGAGCCUGAGAACGAUCCCAAGUCUCAAGUGCCGGAGAAAAAAGACGAAGAUUCACAGGAAGAGGAAAAUGAAAAUAAACCUGAUGACGGAGCUGAAGAAAAAGCAGCACCAAGCAUCGACGAUCCCAGCAAAGAACUGGACGCGGCUGAUCAACCAGAAGCAAACAAGGAUGGCACACGUGACCGAACCGCUGAUCAGCCCAACGUCGAUGAGCAGCAGGAAUCUACAGCCGAGAACAACCAAGACGAUAGCAACAAUCGUGGAACCGGUAACGCGCAAUCAGAACAGCAGGAAACUGGACAUUCCGGAGAUUCGAUGCAAAAUAUAGCGCCCGUCCAGCAUCGAGAGAACGAGAAACAACAGAUCGAAAAGCGAAAGAAUCCCGGCGAGAGCGAUGAGAAUCGUUCCCUCGUGGACCAACUUCAACCAGAUAAAAAGAAGAUGAAAAUGAUACAUUCCAGGGAAGAAACGACUGAGGAUAACCCGGAGGAAGAAGGAGCUGAUUCGGAUGAAGAUACGAAUGACGUCGACAUGUGUCAGCAUGUCAAAAGUUCAGAGAAACACAACGACCAAGCCAUGGACGCAGCUACCAAAGAGCAGGUUAAGCAGCAAGCUGCCAACAAAGAGAACGAAGAAGAGAAGAAAGAGGAUGACGAGUCCAUGGAAAUUGAGAUGAACGUUGACGACGAAGAAGAUUUGAAGGAAGAAAAAGACAUAAGAACCGAAAAGUCUGCCGAGGUGCCUUCUGCUGGAGAACAGGAGAAGGAGAAAACGAAGAACGAUACAAAGGGCAGCAACUCGGAGGACCCCCGAAUCGAGAGUGUCGUUGAAACCGAAGGAGAUGUUGCUCCAACCACACGAGUUGACCGGGGAGCUGAAUCAGCUUUCUUCACCAACACUCUCGAGCCGAAUAUCUUGUCUUCCAUCCAAGCAUCCAGCAAACGUAUGGAAGUUGAAAACAUGCUGAGCAAAUGGACUUACGUUCCUUCGACCGACGAAGCACUCGCGGCUUGGAAUUGUUUGAGCAGCGUUGUCGAAGCUCCUGCAAGGGAUUUGGCCGAAAAAUUGCGACUCGUUUUGGAACCGACGCAGGCGACCAGGCUCAAGGGCGAUUACAGAACCGGAAGAAGAAUAAACAUGAGGAAAAUCAUUCCAUAUAUAGCUAGUCAAUUUAGAAAGGAUAAAAUCUGGCUCAGACGUACGAAACCGUCCAAAAGAGAUUAUCAAAUUGUUUUAGCCCUCGAUGACAGCAGCAGCAUGGCCGACAACCACUCGAAAGAACUGGCUUUCGAAUCCAUGUCUCUCAUCAGCAAAGCCAUGGGAUAUCUUGAAGUUGGGGAACUUAGCGUUAUCAGUUUCGGAGAGACUGCGACUGUUCUUCAUCCUCUUGGACAGCCAUUCACGGAAAACAGUGGUUCGAGAUUAAUCCAAGAAAUGAGAUUCGAUCAGAAGAAAACUAAAGUUGGACAAUUGGUGGACUUCACCGUCGACAUGUUUGAUAGCCAAAAAAGCUCAAACGACAAUGCAAAAUUGUUAGUCGUCUUGUCGGAUGGUCGUGGAGUUUUUUCUGAGGGCUUGGAUCAAGUCAACGGUGCUGUCAGAAGAGCUAGAUUAGCUGACAUAUUCCUCGUCUUCAUCAUAGUCGAUAAUCCACUUAAUAAGGACUCGAUACUGGAUAUUCGUAUGCCAGUUUUCGAGGGAGGUAAACUGCUUGGAAUAAAAUCUUAUAUGGACAGUUUUCCAUUCCCAUUUUACAUGAUACUCAGAGACAUAAACGCUUUGCCUGGUGUCUUGAGUGACGCCUUAAGACAGUGGUUCGAAGUGGUUGGAAAAAUCGAUUCUUGAGUAUAUUCGCAAUUAAUUCUUUUGCAUUAUUUCAUGAAUACAGUUUUUAAUCGAAAAACAAAUUCAAUCAGUGUGUAUAGUAAAUAAAUAUGAAUACAAUGUAA